CCCUUUAAUUUGGUAUUCUCUAUUUGUUCCCAUUUCAUCUCUUCCUCAUCUUCGAAUUCGCUCCUCACUCGCCCCCACUCUCAUUUGUGUUUUAAAUCUCCCACAUCAAUCAAUUAAUCAAUCCGUGUAUCAAUGGAAAAGAGUGAUUGCUUCUCUCUGAUCGACGAAAACGAUUCUCUUAUAUCCCCCGAUGCUGAUGAUGCUGCUGAUCUCACUCACCUCCACUCAGAAUUGGAACGCGUUGAGUCAAUAGGAGAUUUAAGUGCAGACAGUAAGUGUAGUGAACAAUUGCCACAACUGCUUGAAACAACGGAACCUGAUAUUCAGAAGAAAAAAGGAAAGUUGAAUCUGCGAAAGAGUUUGGCGUGGAACAGUGCCUUCUUUGAGAGUCCAGGUUUUCUGGAUGCUGAUGAGAUUUCAACCAUAAUUGAUGGGGCGGAAAAGGGCAAGAAGCAACUUUUACCUGGGAUUGAUGAGGAUAUAAGCAGAUCUUCCGAGUCAAUCUCAACUUUAGCAAGUGAUAAUUUGGCACUAGAAAGUCUCGAGAAUGAAUUGUUUAAGGACAUCAGAGCUUCAAUCCAGAAAUCUAGCAUCUCAGCAUCAAAUCGCAAGGCAGCACCUAAGGAGACAGAUAAACUGGUUAAACGUUCUGUUAAGAAGGAGGACAUCACUUCAAGAAAUGGGAUUGCAACAAAUGUUACUUCUAUUAGGCAAAGUCGCGGAAUGCUAGGAUCUGCAAGGAUUUCAAAGAAGGAUUCCAGUUCUGCAUUAGUUAAACAGGCUGGUUUUCGCAAUGGAAAAUCCAGUUCAUCACUUCCUCAAUUGCCAAAAGUCAUCCCCAAGCCGGAAGCUAUGCCAGCAGUAACAACCAAAAGGGCUGUUUUAGGGGCCAACCGUAUUAAAACCGAAACUAACAAGUCGAAAGUUGGAGGUAAAGUACAAGUUCAUGUUCCUGUAACAACUGGGUUGGAUAAUCCGCGAAGAAGUGUGUCUAGGCCUGCAUCACUUCAGAAAGCACCAGGCUUGGCUUCUUCUAAUGCUGCUAAGAAGGAGGUAGGAAGAUCUUCUAGCUCGAGUAACAAUUCUAACAGUACUUUCACUGAGAAGAUUCAGAAAUCUACAUCUAUAUCGGGAACUACAAAAAAACCCUCCAAACCUAUUAUUCAAGCUUCAUCAAAGAUUCCAUUGAGUAGAAAGGCACCUAGUAAAUCCGGUCUGCCAGCUACGUUGACAUCGUCUAAGAUUUCAUCAAGCAUAUCACCUUCUAGUUCUAUAAGUGAAUGGUCUUCAGCGUCAUCAAGAACAAGCAUUGAUACCAAUAGUUCCCGCAGAUCCAUGGAUAGUGAAACCCCUUCUAUUAUGUGUUCUGAUGUUCAGUCAAAUGAUGGCAUCUUAGACGGGAUUCUGAACCAGUUCAAAGAAUCUCCUAGUCAAGAUAUGAAGAUAAAUAAUGCACAAACCAAGGUGGUUUCCCGAUCCCUUAUGAUGAAACCCUCUGGACUUCGAAUGCCGUCUCCAAAAAUUGGGUUCUUUGAUGGAGCCAAAUCUAUGGUCCAUACUCCCAAUGCAUGCAGGGAAUCCCAAUUGCGCGUACCAACUGGUUUGCCCAAAAUCGGAGCUGCAAUCCGUAGCCCAGUUGGGAGGUCGAAGAAAGCAGAAGGAAAUAUGCCAUCUGGGAAAAAGACAAUAUCAGGUGCAAACACAGUGUUGAAUACUAUAAAAUCAGCUUCUCCAAGACCAUCUCAAGAAUCAUCGAGGGCUUCGAUGGAAGGCCAUGGUGAUUCGAAGAGUGUAUCAAGUCUUAACAUAUCUUCUGAGGUGGGGAGUUCAAACAAGGGAACUGGAAAGCCAUGGCUUGAAAUGACAAGUACAAAAAUUGAGCUUCCAGGUCAACAAUCUAACUCUCCUAAAGCAUUUCAAGAAAGUGCUUCUUCUGGUAUGUCUUCAGAGCAAACUCAGUUACACUUACCAGCUGGUUUGCCCAAAAUCAUAGCUGGAAUUCAAAGCUCAUCUCCGAGCUCGAAAAUAGAAGGGAGUAUUUUAGCUGGGAAAAAGGCAACAGCAGGUGCAAACACAGUGCUGGAUACUCCAAAUGCUGCUGAUCCAGAACCACUGAGGGCUCUAACGAUGAAGGUCCAUGGUAAUCAUAGGAGUUCAUUAGGUCCGGACAUAUCUUCUGAGGCGAGGAGUUUAGAUGAGGGAACUGGAAAGCUGUGGUCAAAAAUGACUUUGACAAGUAUUAACACUGAGGUUGAAAGUCAGAAUUUGAAUUCUCUAAAACCAUUUCAAGGAAGUGCUUCUGUUGGCCUGUCUCCAGAAAAAUCUCAGUCAUGCUUACCAAUUGUUUUGCCCAAUACUGAAGCUUUAAUUAGUAAUCCCGUUGGGAGCUCGAAGAAAGAAGAAAAGAUUAUGACUGGGGAGAAGGCAACAUCAAUUGCAAUUGCAGUGCUGGAUACUUCCAUACCUGCUUCUCCAACACCAUCUCAAGAAUCAUCAAGGGAUAUGACAUGCCAUGGUGAUUCUAAAAGUGUAUCGAGUCCUAAUUUAUCUUCUGGGAUUAGGAGUUUCAACAAGGGCACUGGAAAGCCAUGGCCUGAAAUGACAUUUGCAAGUGCAAACAUUGAGUUUGAAGAUCAAAAUUCUGAUUCUGCGGUACCAUUUCCAGAGAGUGCCUUUUCUGGUCUGUCUCAAGAGCAAUCUCAAUCGCACUUACCAAUUUGUUCGCCCAAACUCAGAGCUGCAAUUGAUAGCCCAGUUGGGAGCUCGAAGAAAGCAGAAGGCAAGAUUCCAACUAGUGAAAAGACAACAGAAGGUGCAAAUGCAGUGCUGUAUGAGUCAGAAUCUGCUGCUUCAGAAGCCUCUCAAGAAUUAUCAAGGGAUUCAGUAAAGGACCAUGGUAAGCAUAGGAAUUUGGUAAGUAUGGGCAUAUCUUCUGAGGUGACGAGCACAAACAUUGAGCUUGAAGGUCAAAUAUCUGAUCCUUCCAAACUGGGUCAAGAUAAUGCUUCUUUUGGCAUGUCUCCAGAGCAGCAAUUGUGCUUACCAACUUGUUUGCCCAAAACCGGAGCUUCAAUUCAUAGCCCAGUUGGGAAGAAAGCAGAAGGUGCAAUUGCAGUGCUGGAUAAGUCAGAAUCUGCUACUCCAGAACAAUCUCAAGAAUUAUCAAGGGAGUUAAUGGACCAUGGUGAUCAUAUUAAUAUAGUAAGUAUAGACAUAUCUUCUGAGAUGACGAGUUCAGAUGAUGUAACCAGAGAGCCAUGUUCGGAAAUGAUAUCGACAAUUACAAACAAAGAGCUUGAAGGUCAAAAAGUUGAUUCUCCUAAACUGUCUCAUGAAAGUGCUUCUUUUGGCAUGUCUCCAGAGCAUCAAUCGUGCCUAUCAACUGGUUCGCCCAAAAUCAAAGCUCCAAGACAUAGCCCAGUUGGGAUCUUGAAGAAAGCAGAAGGAAAUACUCCAACUGGGACCCAGACAACUGAAGGUGCAAACACAGUGCUGGAUAAGUCAGAGUCUGCAACUCCAGAAACACUGCAAGAAUCAACAGGGGAGUUAAUGAAGGGCCUUGGUGAUCAUAGGAGUGUGUUAAGUGUGGACAUAUCGUCUGAGGUUACAAAUUCAGUCGAGGCAGCCAGAAAUCCAUGUUCAGAAAUUAAAUUGGCAAGUACAAAAAGUGAGCUUGAAAGUCAAAAAGCUGAUUCUCCUCAACUGUUUCACGAAAGUGCUUCUUUUGGCAUGUCUCCUGGCCAACCAACUGGUUUGCCCAAAAUCAGAAAUGCAAUUCAUAGCCCAGUUGGGAGCUCAAAGAAAGCAGAAGGAAGGAGUCCUGUUGGGACCAAGACACCUGAAGGUGCAAACACAGCCCUGGAAAAGUUAGAAUCUGCAACUUCAGAACUAUCGCAAGAAUCAACAGGGGAUUUAAUGAAGGACCAUGGUAACCAUAGGAGUUUGUUAAGCUUAGACAUAUCUUCUGAGGUGAUGAGUUCAGUUGAGGUAACUAGAAUUCCAUGUUCAGAAAUGGCAUUGACAAGUACAAACAUUGAGCUUGAAGGUCAAAAUUCUUAUUUUCCUGAACCAUUUCAAAAAAAUGGUUUUGGUUUGUCUCCAGAGCAGGAACUGUGCCUCCCAACUGGUUUGCCCAAAACCGGAGCUGCAAGUUGUAAUACAGUCGGGAGCUUGAAGAAAGGAGAGUUUUUAGCCGGGGAGAAGGCAACAGUAGGUGCCACAGUGUUGCAUACUCCAAAACCUACUCCAGAACCAUCUCAAGAAUCACUGAGUGCUUUAAUGGAAGGCAACGGGGAUCCUUGGAAAUUAAACACUAAUGAGUCUUCUGAGGCGAGGAGUCCAAACAUGGGAAGUGGGAAGCCAUGGUCUAAAAUAACAUUGACAAGUACAAACAUUGAGCUUGAAGGUCAAAAAGCCGAUUCUCCUGUACCAUUUGGGCAAAGUGCUUCUCCUGGUGUAUCUCCAGAAAUUCUCAGUGAAACAGACAGAUCUAAUUGUGGCAUGGCUGAGGAUGUGAAAAUCAGAAAACAUCAGAGCGCAGAAUGGGCUAAUAUGUCCGAUGAGGAAAAUAAUGAAAAUCUGCUUUUCAUUAUAUGAUAUUAGAUCUCUCUGGUCUCCAAUUACGUACAUUUGUUUCAUCUUUGUCUAUUUUAAACGGUUUAUAUCUUUAAUUGAGAAUAUGAACUUUUUAUACUGUGUCCGGAUCACAAUUUUCUAAAUCUACUUGCAGUUCGAUUUUGAGU